AUGUCGCCAAGGAGACGUCCUGAAGCCCGUGAUGCCCCGAUAGAGGAGAUUGCCGCACUUAUGCCGCAGCAGCCUGCGCCUACAGGCCAACAGCUUGAGGAUUCCGUUGAUGAGAAUCCGUUUGCACCGCUUGAACAACCAUUGGAUCUGCCAGUUCACCGGAGAAGGGGUGGUCAGGAGGACAACCGACGUUGGGAAUCAGGAUUUAAGGUGGAUAUUCCAGAAUUUCAUGGUGGGUUGAGUCCAGAGGAAUUCUUGGAUUGGGUGACUGCAGUGGAGGAAGUCUUGGAGUUUAAAGACGUUCCUGCCGAUAAAUGUGUGCCUCUCGUUGCAACGAGGCUUCGUGGGCGAGCAGCGGCGUGGUGGCAGCAGACUAAGGUGACAAGAUCCAGGCUGGGGAAACCUAAGCUUGCAUCGUGGGACAAAUUGAAGAAACAUAUAAAGAAACAAUUUCUGCCUUACAAUUAUGUGCGGACCAUGUACCAACAACUGCAGAAUCUGCAUCAAGGUGGGAAAACGGUUAGUGACUAUACCACUGAUUUUUAUAUGUUGAUUACGAGGAACGAGAUGAUGGAGACGGAGGAGCAGUUGGUGUCACGGUACGUGGGUGGUCUUCGUCUCCAAAUACAGGAUACUCUCAACAUGUUUGAUCCUGUGACAGUUUCUGAAGCACAUCAGAGGGCAAUACAGAUAGAAAAGCAACAGUCCAGGAAAACUGCUAGUCCUUUCAUUGCAGGGAGUUCUUCUAGUAACCCACAACAGCAGGUGGCACGUCCUGGUAAUCCUGCCCAAUCUGGUCCUCCUAAAAUAAAUUCUGCCCAACAACCAACACGUCCUGGGGCUGGUAUUUGUUGUUUCGGAUGCGGAGUUAUAGGCCACAGGCAGUCUGAGUGCCCAAAGAAUCCGCGCAGGGGACUCUUUGUUGAUGAGGGAAAUGACGAUUAUGAAAGUCCGCCUGUAUUUGACGGUGAGGGCAGAGAAGAAGCAACAGAAGAGGAAGAGUUUGUGGUUGGUGAUGUGGGUCAGGCACUGGUGGUGAGGAGGAGUUUCCUGACUCCUUUGGAGAAUAACACUGAUUGGUUGCGUAAUAAUAUCUUUCAAUCAACAUGUACUGUUGGAGGGAAGGUGUGCAAAUUUGUUAUUGAUUCUGGUAGUUGCGAGAAUGUGGUGGCUGAGGAGGUCGUUAAGAAGCUGGGUUUGCAGACUGAGAAACAUCCCAAACCUUACAAAUUAGCCUGGCUGAAAAGAGGCAAUGACGUAGAAGUGUCUCAACGUGCUAGGAUCAGCUUCUCCAUCGGACCUACCUACAAGGAUCAGGUCUUAUGUGAUGUAGUAGAGAUGGAUGCAUGUCAUUUACUAUUAGGGAGGCCGUGGCAGUUUGACAGGCACUCACUGCAUGAUGGAUAUACCAACACGUACAGCUUUCUGUUCGGGGGAAAGAAAAUUGUGUUACUACCGGAUAAGGGUUUAGUACAGAUAGUUGGGAACAAUGCCAAUUUACUGACCAGAAAGAAGUUCGAGACAGAGAUGGAGGAGUCUGGGAUAGUGUAUCCAUUGUUAAAGGAGUUUCAUGAAGUUUUCCCAGAAGAGCUUCCUGAUGGACUACCACCACUGCGGGAUAUUCAGCAUCAGAUUGACUUGGUGCCUGGAGCUGCCCUACCUAACCGAGCGCAUUACAGAAUGAGCCCCACUGAGCAUGAAGAGUUGCGCAGGCAAGUUGAGGAGCUUCUGGCAAAAGGACACAUCAAGGAGAGUCUUAGUCCUUGUGCUGUUCCUGCUCUUCUCACACCGAAGAAGGAUGGCACGUGGCGCAUGUGCGUGGAUAGUAGGGCAAUUAAUAAGAUUACGGUGCGUUACGACUUUUCUAUUCCCCGCCUAGAUGACUUGUUGGAUCAGCUUACCGGUGCUUGUGUGUUUAGCAAGCUUGAUUUGAAGAGUGGGUACCAUCAGAUUCGGAUCAGACGUAGGGAUGAGUGGAAGACUGCAUUUAAGACGAGGGAAGGAUUGUACGAGUGGUUAGUCAUGCCCUUCGGCCUCUCAAAUGCGCCCAGUAUAUUUAUGCGGGUUAUGAAUCAGGCUCUUCGCCCAUUCAUCGGUAAAUUUGUUGUGGUCUACUUUGAUGAUAUUUUAAUUUAUAGUGCUAAUGAUGAUGAACAUGUCCGGCACCUUCGGGAAGUUCUUUCAGUUCUUCGCAGGGAUAAAUUCUAUGCUGCAGUGAAGAAGUGUUCCUUUCUCACUGAUAGUGUGGUGUUCCUCGGUUAUGUGGUGUCGAAGGUGGGGUUAGCAGUUGAUACAUCUAAAGUAGAGGCGAUAAGUCAAUGGCCACAGCCCAAAACUGUCACUGAGGUGCGGAGUUUCAUGGCCUUGCUUCCUUCUAUCGCAGGUUCAUACCGCAUUUCAGCAGCAUCAUGGCACCAAUUACAGAUUGCAUGA